UCAGAGCUGUUAUGUGAAAGGUGUAGUCUUCGUCAUUUUGUCCUUAAACCGUGCAACUGAGCGAUUCCAUUGGAUUUGAUAUCAAAAUAGUUAAAGUUUGCAGGAAAACAAGAGAAAAACAUCACCGAGAGAGAGAGAGAGAGAGAGAGUAAAAAAGAGUGCUACAAAAAUUCAUAAAACUAAACUAAAAGAUUGGGGAGCAAAGACAAAAUAAAAAUCCCAGUUCGUAUUUUAUACAAUUAGAAAGGAGGAAGCUGAAGCUGAAGCAGCGUAAUAAAACAAAAGUCAAAUUGUUUCAAAAGGGAAACGGAAAAUACCCUAUACACUCGUCAAUCUUUUCUUCAUUUACUUAAACAGUAACAGUGACAGCAACAGCAACAGCGACGACGACAACACAUAAACUACAAACGUGUACAAAUAUAUACGCAAAUUUGUAUGCCUGUGCCAAGAAACUGCACGAAGAUAAUUUUUGGAGUGGCGAACUUGUAUUUAAUUGCACGAAAAAGAUAAUGGCAUCUACUAAUAGUGGCCCAAAAGCAAACAACAACGGCGUUGAAGAGGCCUCCAAUCAUUUGCUAGCUGGAAUUUUGGGUUCGCUUCCGUCGUGGGAUAUGAGUGGCGCACAAGGUGGCAAUCCCUCAUGGGAAUCGAUUAAUAAUUCACCACCUUGCAACGAUUUCUACAAUAACUUUUUCAGUACUUUGGAUGGCACAGCAAGUGAUUUAGGUGGUAUUGUAAUGGCUAGAGCGCAAUUAAAUCAUGGUACUACAACGCCAACGUCCAGCAACUCGAGCAUCAGCUGCAGUAUGUGUGAAGUAAAUGCGACCAAUCGUUGUAUUCAGUGUAAUGAGUUCAUGUGCAAUGACUGCUCGCGUGACCAUCACAAUAGUCUCCAAUUCGCAAAUCACUCGAUUUUUCUUUUGCCCUCACCAAUUGGUACAUCACCUACCGGUGGCUUCUCUGCUGGUACAAUGAGCAAUCCAAAACCUAAUCAAUUUUGCGAUUUACAUAAUGAAAUAUUGCAAUAUGUUUGCCAACCUUGCAAGAUGUUAGUAUGCCAAUGUUGCACCCUUUAUGAGCACAAAGGACAUAAGUACUCUUCGGUACAAAAUUUCUACGACGAAUCGAACGAUAUAAUUAAUCAUGCUCUUGAGAGUAGUAAUACAGGCAAAACAUGUAUUAAAGGUAGCAUUGACAGAUCAUUGGCAUUUAUACGACUCGUUGAGCGCAAUUGUGCUGAACUGAGCGAAAAUAUACGUAAAGUCUCCAGACAAUUUAUAAUGGCUAUAGAGGAUGUCGAACGUUAUUUAUUGGAAUCCGUUGAGAAAUUGCGCCAACGCCGUUUGGCUAUCUUAAAUGAUCAAAUGGCCGGAUUGAAAUCCGCUCUCGCUGGACUCUCUGAAACCAUGGACAUGUUGCAAAAGAUAUCAGAGAAUUGGUCAGGUAUGGAUAACAUUGAUAUAGCAAAGAAGAUUUUGAAUGGACAACGUCAACUUGAGCAAUUUGCUGCCAUAUACAAAGAUUUACAUCCAAAAUAUGAGGAAUUCGUAUUCGUUCCUCCAGACGAUAAAAUGUUGCAGGAUAUACUCAAGAAAGGCGUAAUUGUACGUGUGAAUGAUAAUAAGUCGAAUGUGGUAAACGGUACUGCUGGUAUCGGUGGACCAGUCAGCGAGCCCGGGGCAGUUGGUCCCACGCCUAGCGCUAGUGUGCCAGUUGCCGGUUUAUCAAUACCAAUUAACACAAACGGUCCAUUCAAUUGUGAGAAUAGUUUCAACAACAUUCCUUCAUCAAUGUUGCCGUUACGUAGUUGUAACGCUAGUGCCAUUGAAAGGGAGCUGGGCGUAUUGUGCAAAUCAUCAAAUUUACGUUUUAGUGCACCGCGUAGCACACCGGCUAUAGGAAGUUUUACUGGACCUGUGAAGGCCCGCAUUUCUAAUACACUUUCGCUAUCAUUUGCUACAGAGGGUCACGAUGAUGGGCAAGUUAGCCGUCCAUGGGGCUUAUGCGUUGAUAAGCUGGGUCACAUAUUGAUCUCCGACAGACGUAAUAAUCGUGUGCAAGUUUUUAAUCCGGAUGGUACACUGAAGUUUAAAUUCGGCCGUAAAGGUUCUGGAAAUGGAGAGUUUGAUUUACCAGCAGGCAUUUGUGUCGACAUAGAUAAUCGCAUAAUUGUUGUUGAUAAGGAUAAUCAUCGCGUACAAAUUUUCACUUCCACUGGUAUAUAUUUAUCGAAGUUCGGUAGCUUUGGCAAAGAGUAUGGACAGUUCCAAUAUCCAUGGGAUGUGGCUGUAAAUUCGCGACGUCAAAUUGUUGUAACCGAUUCACGUAAUCAUCGCAUACAGCAGUUCGAUUCUGAGGGUCGUUUCAUACGUCAAAUCGUCUUCGACAGUAAUUAUCAAACGAAGGGUCCUGCUUCACCGCGCGGAGUUUGUUAUACACCAACUGGUAACAUUAUAGUAUCGGAUUUCGAUAAUCAUUGUCUCUAUCUAAUAAAUCCAGAUACCCAUGAGAUCUUGUCGUCUAAAGGACAUGAAGGUGAUGGAAUCCAAGAAUUUAAUCGUCCUUCCGGAAUUUGCUGCGACGACGAUGGACGCAUUAUUAUUGCAGAUUCUAAAAAUCAACGUAUCGUUGUUUACAAUUCCAGCUUAAAAUAUCUAUGGAACAUUGAAAUACGUCCGUCGAGAAAUCCCUCGAUGCCGCAUAAUCUCGACGAAAAAGAUCGAACUUGCGACGUUUCUCUUAUGCCUGAUGGUCGAAUUGUUUUCCUAAUCGAAUUAUCACCUGAUACGAAAGAAGGCUCCAAUCCUUAUAAAAGAUUUGUGCACGUUUUUUAAUUAUAGUUAAUAAUAUCGCGUACCACAUCAAACGGAAUCAUUGAGUAACAAGCCAAAACAUAUUGUUCCUCUAUCAAUUUAAAAACUUUAUUAAAAAAAUUUGAUGUGAAGAAAUUAACAACUACUUCUAUAGUAUUAAAAGUGUAGGCUAUAAUCAUUAUAAUGGCAUGCAUACAUACAUACAUGCAAAUAAUAUAGCUUAAGUUAGUGGAAUUCAUUUAUUAAAUUAAAGGGUAUUUCUGCAAUGAAAAAGCUCUCAUAAACACCAUUGUUGUUCGGGCAGCACAAAACUGUAUUGUCCUCCAUUUGUGGGACAACACCAAACCGCACCCCACAAAUUUGAGGAGCUCGCCCAAACACCCAAAAAAGGGUGUAAGUCCCAAUUAUAUAUAUAUAUACAUAUAUAUAUAUCGCUCAUUUCCUUUAAUAAGGUCAUAAUAAAAAUAUUUUUUUGAUAAGUAUGCAGAACUUGUGGUCAUUUAUGUCUUGAGUAUUUCUUAGGGAGACAUAGUAAAUUGAAAAUUUUGAAGACAUUUUUCAGAACAUUGCGCUAUCGAAGUAAAUGAGCGAUAUAUAAUUAAAGAUAAAUAGUAAUUCAAUAGUAAACCAUUAUAUUAAGCAAAAAACAAAGAAAAAUGUAUUCGACGCAGGAGUCACACCACUAAAUGUCCUUCCAAGAAAGAAGUAAGCUGUAAAAGAGGGCAUUAAAUGCAAUAGUAACUCCAUUUACUCUUCGAGUACGAAUUAUUUUGUAAAGAGAGUUCCGUUUAAGAAUUGUUUUACAAUUACAUUAACACUCUAAAAAAUUAUUUUAUAUGUUUACUAAUAUAUGUACCUAAAUGGAAAUUUUAUUAUUUAUUGUUCAAAAGUUUUCUCGUCAUUUGUGAAACAGUUUCAUAUACAUAUACACUUUUGCUGCAAACAAAAUAUACUGAUAAUUUGAAAAAAGUUAAAAAAUUGUGGCAUACACUUAUAACGUUACCAAAAGGUCGUGCUCCUAAAAAGACUUUAAAUAAUAAUGUAAAUAAACAAUAAGAAAGUUAUGUGGCAAAAGAUUA